AUCACUAUCAACGGCUGAGGUUUGAUCUCAUCGUAUUUAUGUACACCGUAUGUAGUGUAAUAUAUCCUUCAAACCCGUUAAACCCCACUCCUACCAUAAGUCUCUCUUCAUUGCACACAUUUUUCUCCCACCGUCGCUGGUUAUUCUCUCUAGUGUGACUCUCUUCACUCGACUACUAAAAUGGGCAAGAUUAAGAUUGGAAUCAACGGAUUUGGAAGAAUUGGCCGAUUGGUAGCUAGAGUUGCUUUGCAGAGAGAUGAUGUUGAGCUUGUUGCAGUCAACGAUCCGUUUAUCACCGUUGAUUAUAUGACAUACAUGUUUAAGUAUGACAGUGUUCACGGUCAAUGGAAGCACCAUGAACUAAAGGUCAAGGAUGAUAAGACCCUUUCAUUCGGCGAGAAGAGUGUAACUGUUUUUGGCAUUAGGAACCCAGAAGAGAUUCCAUGGGCCGAGACUGGUGCUGAAUACAUUGUGGAGUCAACUGGAGUGUUCACUGACAAGGACAAGGCUGCAGCCCAUCUGAAGGGCGGUGCAAAGAAAGUCAUUAUUUCUGCACCAAGCAAGGAUGCACCCAUGUUUGUUGUGGGGGUCAAUGAGAAGGAAUACAAGCCCGAACUCAACAUUGUUUCCAAUGCUAGCUGUACCACCAACUGCCUUGCUCCCUUGGCCAAGGUUAUUCACGAUAGGUUUGGAAUUGUUGAGGGGCUUAUGACCACAGUCCACUCUAUCAAGCAACUCAAAAAACUGUUGAUGGACCAUCUUCCAAGGACUGGAGGGGUGGAAGAGCUGCUUCAUUCAACAUCAUUCCCAGCAGCACAGGAGCUGCCAAGGCUGUUGGAAAAGUUCUUCCUGCACUGAAUGGAAAGCUGACUGGAAUGGCCUUCCGUGUGCCUACUAUUGAUGUCUCCGUGGUUGAUCUCACUGUGAGGUUGGAGAAAGAGGCUACCUAUGAUGAAAUUAAGGCUGCCAUCAGGUAAGGAUGCAUGGUUUUUCAAUUUA